UGUGUGUCACUGUCACUUUUUGACAGUGACAAUUAAGCAAACUUAAAAUUGUAGACUUGUACUAAAGAUCAUAAUUGAAAAAUGUCUGGAUUCGGAGAUAAUUUCGAUCAAACUGAUGAAGAUCCUGCAGCGGAAUUCUUAGCCCGAGAGCAGGAUGAAUUAGCUGGUCUCGAAGAUGAAGUAAAACCGGCUGCUGUCACGGUUCCUGUUUUAAAUGGAGAUGAUCCAACAAAUUCUGCUGGCAGUUUUGAAAUGGUCGAAAACAACGAUCAGGAUUUUUUCGAAGAACCAAAGUCAAAUGAUACAUCCUCUUCCUUCAUUCCGAGAUAUGAAGAAAGAGUAGAACCAGAGAAAAUAAGGAUAUGGAGAGAGGAACAAGUGAAAAGGCUUGAAGAGAAAGAUGUUGCUGAAGAAAAGAAGAAGUUGGAAUUGAGAGACAUUGCCAAAAAAGAAUUAGAAGAUUGGUAUAGAAAUCAUGAAGAGGCAAUAGCAAAAACAAAAGCUGCUAAUCGGAAUGCCGAAAAACAAUUUGUUGCUGAGGAUGAUGAGUUGGAACCUGGGACAGAGUGGGAACGCAUCGCUAAACUGUGUGAUUUCAAUCCUAAAGCUAAGCAGGGAAAUAAAGAUGUUACUCGAAUGCGCUCCAUAAUUUUGCAAAUGAAGCAAAACGUUCCUGUAAAAACUAAGGCAUGAUUUUAAUAGAUGAUUGAAUAGUGGUUAUAAUGAAAGAUUAGAUGAAAUCACCAAAUUAAAAACUCCCUAUUUAGUUAUUCCAAUAAUUGAGCUAUUACGACUUUCUUGACUUUGGUGUUAUCAUCAUAGGUAAAUACUAAUGAUUUUAAUAAAGUAUUCCACAUGCUAAA